AUGGUAAAAGAGAUUAGAACUAAGUGGUUGGGGACUCGAGACAACACCGACCAAGAGGAGGAAAGAGCUUCACGACGAACCCAAGAGAGGAGGGCGACGACUUCAGUAGAUGAGGAGGGGUCAAGAAACAACGACCAGCAGAGUGAGCAGCGAGGAAGCAGAGGAGGGGUGGAAGUGUCAGCAGAGGAGGAACCAGAGGAGGAGGAAGGGGGAGGGUCUUCUCGGAUGGAGGGAGGCGAAGGGGAGGGAGGAGGGAGGAGAGGGGGAGGAGCCCCAGACAGAGGGAAGGUGAAGUGCGAGGGUGGUCAGGAGGGAGGUGAAGGCACAGACCCAGACAGAGAGGAGGGUCCAAGCAGAGGUAGAGUAGAAGAGGGGAGGAAGGAGGAGGAGGGGAGGAGGGGGAAGGGAAAAGUAAGGGUAGGGGUGUCUUCUCCGCGUCUCGGGGUUGGAUCGCAGGAGUUUGCCAUAGAGGAGGAGAACGAGAGCAGAGGAAGCGACGAGGAAGUUGAGGGUAGGGGUCGGUUAGGGGAAGUGCGGAGAAGGAAGAGGGAGCGGGAUCGGAUGCAGUGGAGGGAUACCGAGAGGGGAAAGGAAGAAGGGGGUGAGGUGAAGAGGAACGGGGGAGAAAAGAUGGCGAGCUCAGGUAGUGUUCGUACGGCGGGAAACAAACCGACUCCCAAACUCCACCACUAG